CAGCUGUAUUGUACAUGCGCUCAUUACGGAGGGACGAGGCGCAGGACGCAGCGCUCGCGCUAACGUUAUUACUCACAUUAAAUAUCACAAACACGUUAAAUUCGGUUAACGGAGCUACGGGACGCGAUAACGAGCCUCGGUUCGGCUUAUCGGACGGAUAAAUGAAGGAUUAGGAAGUUUGUGAUAGUGAAACAACAACACGAAGAGAAGAAGAGUGGAAUUAAUAGGAAGAAGUUUGCGCGUGAGGCGUUCGGGGGAAAUGACACUCACGAGGAAUAACGCGCGCGCGCUCAACCGAACCGGAUAAUCUGCACGAUGUCCUGAUGCUUUAAAAGUGGAGUUUAAUGUUCGGAAGGGCGGAGGAGAAACUUCUCAGAGUGUCCUGAAAGAACCGGGUCGGUAGGUUUGGGUUUGGCGGUGAUCGCUGCUGCUGCUGCUGCUGCUGAUUUAGGACUCGGUUGGUCGGUCGGUUGUGCGGGACGGUGUGUGCACGAGCGCGCCCGGUGCUCUCGAGAUGUCCAGGCUGGUGCAGAAGCGGAAUCACUGGAGCGCGGCGGUGCGGGAGCGCGCGGUGCCUCGGGCUGCGCGCGGGGAGCUCCUGGUGCGGCUGCAGGGAGGAGCGGAGCGCGGACAGUUCGUGUUCGUGGAGCGCGUGGAGAAUGAUACCGUGGGUGAGGGGGAGCUCGUGCUGGAGGUGGAGGCGGUAUCGGUAUCGGGAUUACCGCUCUAUGAUGUGCUGAAUAUCGUCAACAACUGCUCAGGACCGGUCCGACUUAAAACCGUCCCGCAAGGAAAUAAGCUGAACAAGGAUCUAAAGCACUACCUGAGCCUACGCUUCCAAAAAUCCUCAGAGGACCACAAACUCCAGCAGACCAUACGAGAUAACCUCUACCGCUAUGCCGUGCCUUGUACAACACGCCCCCCUCGCGAAGGAGAGGUACCCGGCGUCGACUACAACUUCCUUUCCGUGGAGGAGUUCCUGAAGCUGGAACAGAGCGGGACGCUGCUGGAGAUCGGCUCUUACGAAGGUAAUUACUAUGGAACGCCAAAACCCUCCAGCCAGCCCCCUGCUGUUAAAGUGAUUGGCGGAGAGGCGCUGCCCAACAACAAGUCCCGCCCCCAGGAGACCACGCCCCGCCGCUCCAAGUCUUACAAUGAGAUGCAGAAUGCUGGAAUAGCCGCGGCUGACACGGAGGAUGAGGACGAGUUUCCUGAAAUGAACAACAGCUUUACAGGGGACUCGAGUGAACCGGACGAGCACCCAGCAGUGCGCCCCUUCGCUCCACCACAGCAGCUCAACAGCAUCCCACUACCAACCACGGAGAGCACGCAGAACUCCCUAACACACCCCAGCCAUCCCACGGACGAGGACCCGCUCGGCCCUCUGCCCGAGAACUGGGAGAUGGCGUACACAGAGAACGGAGAGGUCUACUUCAUAGACCACAACACUAAAACCACGUCCUGGAUCGACCCCCGGUGCCUGGACAAGCCCCAGAAACCCCUUGAGGAAUGUGAAGAUGAUGAAGGGGUUCAUACCGAGGAACUGGACAAUGAUCUAGAGCUGCCCGCAGGCUGGGAAAGGAUCGACGACCCGGUGUACGGAGUUUAUUACGUAGAUCACGUUAACAGAAAGACCCAGUAUGAGAAUCCGAUACUGGAGGCCAAAAGGAAGAAGCAGUUGGAGCAGACGCAGUCGGCUGAAGAAUGGAUCGAAGAGCGCGCGCCCGGACCGACGCUAGCCAGCUACGCCGCCAAUCACCUGGAGACGUACGGGAGCUCCGCCCCUACCCCGCCGCCACCGCUAGGGGCCAAACGAGUGAAACCGUUCUUCACCCGCAACCCAGCCGAACUGAAGGGCACGUUCAUCAACACAAAGCUGAAGAAGAGCCGCCGUGGUUUCGGUUUCACGGUCGUCGGAGGAGACGAGCCAGACGAGUUUCUCCAGAUUAAGAGUCUGGUACUGGACGGUCCGGCUGCGCUGGACGGCAAGAUGGAGACAGGCGACGUCAUCGUGAGCGUAAACGACACGUGCGUACUGGGCUAUACCCACGCGCAGGUGGUGAAGAUCUUCCAGUCCAUCCCAAUCGGUUCCAUGGUGGACCUGGAGCUCUGCCGGGGCUAUCCGCUGCCCUUCGACCCCGACGACCCCAACACCAGCCUGGUCACAUCGGUCGCCAUCGUGGACAAGGAGCCCAUCAUCCUGAACGGCCAGGAGGCCUACGAAUCGCCGUCCAGCCACAGCAACCAUAACGGCACGGCCAGCGAACACCUGCGGCCGCAUAGCCCCACCCACGAGUCCGCCUCCGACGGCUCGCUGGAGCCGCGCUUCCCGGGCGACGCGGUCACCCUGGCGUCGUCCAUCGCCACGCAGCCCGAGCUCAUCACGGUGCACAUGGAGAAAGGAGACAAGGGCUUCGGCUUCACCAUCGCCGACAGCCCGGGGGGCGGCGGCCAACGCGUCAAGCAGAUCGUGGAUUACCCGCGCUGCCGAGGGCUCAGGGAGGGCGACAUAAUCGUGGAGGUGAACAAGAGGAACGUGCAGAACCUCACACACAACCAGGUGGUGGAUCUGCUCAGCAAGUGUCCUAAAGGAAGUGAAGUUACCAUGCUGGUCCAGAGAGGGGUGGCUCCUGCGAAGAAAAGCCCCAAACUGCAGCAGCUGGAACGGAAGGACAGCCAAGGAAGUCAUCGCAGUGUCCCCACCGACUCUCCACUCCACGCCUCACAACUUCCAACCACCGAGACGGCGGCCCCGCCUCCGCCGGCCCAGCCGCUGCCCAUCCUGCCCGCCCAGGACCCGGCGCCGGACGGCACGCUCGCCAAAAAACCAGAUCCGUUUAAGAUCUGGGCCCAGUCGAGGAGCAUGUAUGAAAGUAGGCUGCCAGAUUCCCAAGAACAGGAUAUCUUCCUGUGGCGGAAAGAUACCGGCUUUGGGUUCCGGAUCCUCGGAGGAAAUGAAGCAGGGGAGCCGAUUUAUAUCGGCCACAUCGUGAAGUACGGUGCGGCGGAUGAGGACGGACGCCUGCGCUCCGGAGACGAGCUGAUCUGUGUGGACGGCACGGCGGUGGUGGGAAAAUCACACCAGCUCGUUGUCCAGCUGAUGCAGCAGGCAGCCAAGCAGGGCCACGUCAACCUGACCGUCAGGCGCAAGAGCGGAUACGGUGUGACGAAGGUGGACGGCGAGGUUCCUCCGUCUCCGGCCUCGUCCCACCACAGCAGUACCCAGGCCGCCUCUCUGACCGAGGACAAGCGCACGCCUCAGGGCAGCCAAAACUCGCUCAACACGGUCAGCUCCGGCUCGGGCUCCACCAGUGGGAUCGGUAGCGGCGGAGGAGGUGGCAACAGCAGCGUGAUUCCCAGCGCCGUGCAGCCGUACGACGUGGAGAUCCGGCGCGGCGAGAACGAGGGCUUCGGUUUCGUCAUCGUCUCGUCCGUCUCCAGGCCCGACGCGGGGACGACUUUCGCUGGAAACACAUGUGUGGCCAUGCCUCAUAAAAUAGGGCGGAUCAUCGAGGGCAGUCCGGCCGACCGCUGCGGGAAGCUGAAGGUGGGAGAUCGAAUCCUCGCCGUCAACGGAUGUUCCAUCACCAACAAGUCCCACUCGGACAUCGUCAACCUGAUCAAAGAGGCGGGGAACACGGUCGCACUGCGCAUCAUUCCAGGAGACGAAUCCUCCAACGCAUCACUGCUGACCAACGCUGAGAAGAUCGCCACCAUCACGACCACACACGCACAACCUCAACAAACUGCACCUGAGCCAAGAAACAACACUAAACCAAAACAGGAGUCGUUCGAGUACAAAGCACCUCAAGCUCCUCCACCACCAGCGCCCACACAAGCUACCAACCAGGAGGGCGAGUUGUACUCGGUGGACCUGGAGAGGGACAGUAAAGGAUUCGGAUUCAGUCUCCGUGGAGGACGCGAGUACAACAUGGACCUGUACGUGCUCAGACUGGCCGAGGAGGGAGCGGCACUGCGCAGCGGCAAAAUGAGGGUCGGGGACGAGAUCUUAGAGAUCAACGGCGAGAGCACCAAGGGCAUGAAACACACCCGCGCCAUCGAGCUGAUCAAGAGCGGCGGCCGGACGGCGCACCUGGUGCUUAAGCACGGCGACGGCUCCGUCCCCGAAUAUGACAACAACGGCGACCACAACGGCCCCGUCGUCAGGGCUCAAACUGUUCCGGAAGUGAGCGCAGCAGCAUCCGACAGGCAGCCCCGUCCUUCAUUGGAUUCCAGAUCUUCUCCACCAGACCACAAAACAUCCCGGAACGAGGACAGGAGGUCGCGAGAUUCUCAUCAGCGCAAGCACCACUCCAGUCAUCACCAUAGCAACCACAGGUACCGCUCCCCGGACCGGAAGGGCAGGGACAGGCGACAGGGUGGCGGCGCACCCAAGAACGACAGAAGCGAUAAGAAGUACAGCAAAGACGACUCGUACCCUCACCACCAGCGGAGGCACCGUUCGCCCGAGAAGAGGCACCGGACCAGGAGCGCCGAAAACACCCUGGACAGUCGCUACGGCCAUCAGCGCGGCCGCUCGCCAGAAAGACGCCCGCAACAUCGCCACUCCUCCCCUCACAGGCAUCGAUCACCGUACAAGUCAGGGCAACGCCACAGGUCCCCGCAAAGGCACCGAUCCCCACACCGCUCCAGAUACCAAUCCCCCAACCGGCACUCCAACAGGCCUCGCAACGGCAAACCGCAGCACGAUGAAGACGUGGCCUUGAAGGAGCCUCCGUCUCCUGAGCCUCCAUCCGACCUGGACAGCGUCUUUCAGGAGUCGCCAGCCAUGGAUCGUCUGAACCGGGAGAGCCCCUUGCACAGACCGUCGUACGACAGUUUCGAAUUCAGCAACGGUCCGCUCUUCCCAGGGAAGUCCUACAACCGUAUGAACAGUGACGACACCCUACCGCGUUCGCUCCCAAACCGAGACGACACCUUCCCCCGACUGUCUCUGGAUCGCGCCCUCCCUCGGCAGUCCUACGACCGCCUGCUACGUGGCGACACCCUGCCCAGACUGACCUACAACCGGAACGAAACUCUUCCCCGAGACCCUUAUGAUCGCCUGAAUCACAGCAGUUCGCUGCCCAGAGAAUCGUUCGACAGCUUCUCGCUCCCCAGAGACAGCCUACCGAGAGGCGCCUACCAGGACCAGAGCCUUCCCCGGAUCAGGACCCCCGAGUCAGACUCCGCCUUCCAGAAGUACAGUGAGCUCCUGCGGGGUCGCUCCCCGGAAAGGAACGGCCUAGCCCAAGCUCCGAGGGCGCGGGCCAGGAGUCUGGAUCGAGAUCUGUCCGCGGCGAGAGCGUCUGAAGACGAGGAAGACUCCGAGGAGGAAGACGAGGAUCGCUUCAGAGAUCACUACCGCCAGCUACGGCUGAGCAACACGCUCCCGGAGCCCAGGAGGACGGCGUACAAGGAAAACUCCAAAGAUCUCAGCAUCUGAACAGAGGAAUCAUCUCACACCACGAGAGCCCUCGUCCGAGGAGCACCGAUACGGAUACUAUGCUACCAACCUGACAUUCCUGUGUUUAACAAACAGCCGAAGAAUGAACAGAAGAGUUUCUUUGCUGUACGUUCCAGCAACUGUUGCUCGUCUCUCUUCUUUCUCUCCGUACAGAUCUACACCUACCAGAGAUGGACGACUAUGUAAAAAGGAAACGAUUAUGUGCCUAAUAGUACCAUUCUCGAUGGUUUUUUAUUUUAUUUUAUAAAGGGCAGACUUUUGGACUACUGUCUGAUUCUAUAGUAUUUUUAAUUUCACAGACCGCGCCCAUGCACCGAGCACCGCCACUCACCCGGCGCUCCCACCUAGGCCGUGCAUGUCUUUCCACUCUUUCGUCUUUCGUUCCUUCUCUCCCCCGAGUGCCGAUGAUUUUUACACAUUCGAACCAGAGUAUAGCACAAGUCUGCAUUCGUUUGUAUAUUUUUGACAGUUUGCAGUACGUGUACAUUCAGAGGUGAUCAUUUUAAGAGAAUGAAGGGUGAAUAAAGUUAUAAUGUGUGAAUAAAAUACUAC